AUGCCCGCCGCGAAGCCACCGGGCUGCUCCUCCUCCUCCUCCUCCUCCUCCUCGGGGAGCCGAGAGAAAGGAAAGGCGCAGCAGCACAGCCCCUUCUCGGCCGCCGCCUCCCGGAUCCCCGGCGCAAAGCCAGAGAAGAUCCCUCCUCCUCCUCCUCCUCCUCCACCUUCGGCAACUGCGGAGCGCCUCACAUCUGGGCCCGCGAAGAGCCCCCCUUUUCCGGGAAGAGACGCCCCGAAGGCCGCCCCGCGAAGCUCCCCCGGGAAAGGGGGCGACGCGGCAGCCGCAUUCCUGAGGGACUCCUUCGCCGCCGCCGCCGCCGCCUCGCUCGCUCUCGCCGCGAAUCAGGGACUCAGGGCCUGCGCUGCAGGAUCUCACGCUCUGGACCGGGGGAAUGUCGGAACUACUUUCGGGGACCCGGGCUGCGCGGCGAGAGCGGCACAAAGAGCGGCGGCGGCGGAGGACGAGGACGAGGAGGAGGCGGCGGCUUCCCCCCCCCCUCUCUCUCUCUCUUAA